AUGCUUUUGGGAGGGAAUUUAGGAUUUUGGUGCAGUGUGGUUGCGGUGGUUUUCGCGUGGCUCGUGGGCCGCUGGAAAUGGCGUUGCGCGGCCGCACGGGGGGAGGAGAUCAAGCGGCUCAUGAUGUUGGCCUCGGAAGAGACAGCUCGGGCUGAGCUUGAAGCAGUCUCGGGCUACAGAAGCUAUGGUCCAGCCCUGGCGGCUGAGCCUGUGGUUGAGGGACCUGUUGCUGGGCCGAGCUCAUCUCUGGGCGGCCGGAAAUUGCAGUAUCAAUGCGAAGUUUGCUUUAGUCCAACCACAACGCGUUGCAAGAAGUGUAAAUCUACUCAUUACUGCUCUAGAAAUUGCCAAAUACUUCACUGGCGGAAAGGCCACAAGGACGAAUGCCACUCGAUCACCACUCGCCAGAACACUGUUUUAGAUGCUCAUCCUUGUGUUAAGGAAUUUAAGCAAGACAAGAUUGAAAACGGUCUAAAUGGGACUCAUGUAUUGCAUAGUACCAGACCACUUAAAUCAUCCUCUGAGAAAUGUGAAUUUUCAAAUCCUACUCUAUGCAUACCUGGUGAGGGUAAUGUUAUUUUUGAUUCCACAACUGAAGGUGCCUGUGACAAAACUGAAAAUAAUGUAAAAUCAUCCAUUCACCUUUGUGAUGAAAGCCUUUCUUUCACUGUCUCGACUGACUUACCUGCUGCCUCAUAUAUUAAUUCAAAGGGUGGUUAUAAAUAUCAAGCAGGGACAAAAAAGCUAUUGUCCGAACAACCUAGUUCACUCAAUCCUGAACAUACCGCAGAUGCUUCCAUUGUCUCAAAUCAGGUUAAGUCUGGUUGUAUCGAAAGAGAUGUAAAGUCAGAAUCUUCAAGUUCGUUGGGCUGCAGUGCCUUCGAUUCCGAGGAACAUCUUUCCGAACCUUCUACACUCUCUGAUUUCUGGGCUGGAGCAAUCGAGAGGAGAAAACCUAACAUCAAUGCAGUUGAGUUUGAUGAUGUUAAAAAGUUAAGUUCCCGACUCCCAUUUCCACCAUCUUCAACUAAUUUUCAUGCCAAAAAUUUGGGUUCUGGUAUGAAAGGAGUCCAGGGAGUUGGUCCUCAUCCAAAUAAGACCCUCGGGAAGUCAGACACAUUAUCAGAAGUGAAUGAAAAUGGUUUGAAGUUCAAAGAAUCACUGGCUUCGAGUGGCAACGUGUCUGGCCAAAAUGACAUUACCUAUAGUUCAAAAGAAGAAUCUAUACCGUCCCCUUCUAAUGCUAAGGGCUUAUCUAAGGAGAGGUGUAUACCAAGUAAAAACAUCAACAGUAUCCACAACUUGCUGUCUGUGGGACCAAAGGUGGUGGGCCUUGAAGCUGGCGGAGCAAACUAUUCGAGUCCUGUGAAAAGUCAACAUAAUGAUUUUAUGAGAUGUAAAUCUUCUGAAACUCAUUUGCCUUCUGGUGACGUUACCAAGAAGUCCGCUACUAUUACAGAUGCACAAUCAAUGGAAAAUGUGCACACUCGUGAAGAUGAUUCUUGCCCUUUGGAUAGAGGUGAUUAUGUACGUGUUGUGGCAAGUGGAACUAAACAUUCAUCGUCAAGAAGAGUUGUGGAUGAGCUCAGGCAUUCUAAUUUUGGCAGGAUUGGCUCUUUAGGUGCUGGGGGUGGGAUUUUUGGGAGAUAUGAGGGCUUGUUUCCAUACGAUCUUUUUGUAAAGCUUUACCAUUGGAGCGAGGUUGGGUUACGCCCAUGUGGACUCAAAAAUUGUGGGAACAGCUGUUAUGCCAAUGCUGUUCUCCAGUGUUUGGCAUUGACUCCGCCACUCACAGCCUAUUUUCUCCAAGGACUUCAUGGCGUAACUUGUCAUAAUAAGGAAUGGUGCUUCAGCUGUGAGUUGGAGGCAUUAGUUAAGAAGGCCAAGGAAGGCAAUUAUCCUUUGUCACCUGCCCGCUUGAUGUCCCAAAUGCAUCAUGGUAGGGAGGAAGAUGCUCACGAGUUUCUGAGAUACGCAAUCGAUGUCAUGCAAAUUGUUUGCUUAAAGGAUGCUGGCAUUAAUGCCCCGGCCCCUUUAGAUGAGGACACCACCUUAUUGGGGUUAACGUUUGGGGGCUACCUCCAGUCAAAGAUAGAAUGCAUGAGGUGCGGGGCCAAAUCCAAGCAGCACGAGAGAAUGAUGGACCUCACACUUGAGAUAGGAGGAGAGAUAGGAUCUCUAGAAGAUGCACUGCGUCAGUUCACUCGUUCGGAGAUUCUAGAUGGUGAAAACAAGUACCAUUGUGGCAGAUGCAAGUCGUAUGAGAAGGCGAAAAAGAGGCUGAGAGUAACGGAGGCGCCUAAUGUCCUCACCAUUGCUCUUAAGAGAUUUCAGUCGGGUGAAUUUGGGAAAUUGAACAAGUCUGUUAAGUUUCCAGAGGUCUUGAAUUUAGCUCCAUACAUGAGGGGCACAAGUGAUAAGUCCCCAAUUUACCAACUUUAUGGAGCAGUGAUUCACUUAGAUGUCAAGAACGCGACUUUUACUGGUCAUUACAUGUCUUACGUGAAAAAUAAUAAAGGAAGCUGGUUCAAGGCUGAUGACAGUUUGGUGCAAGCUGUGGAGGUUGAGAGGGUUUUAUCCAACGAUGCAUACAUGCUUUUCUAUGCAAGCCACCACCACAAAGCUUUGCACAUCCAGACGGGCUCAGAAGAUGAAAACCUGACCGAGCACUCCUUCUUCUCCGACACAGGGUCCCGCAGCAGCUCAACAAGCACUGUUGAUUCUUUUUCUGGGAUGAAUUCUCCCUCCUCUUCGUCAUCCCUCUCGUCCCCAGUUCGUGUGAGGCAUUCGUUACUGGCUGAUUUGGACCGCUACUCUUCAGAUGCCGAGGCUGAUGCGGGCUGUUCUAAAAUAAAUGGGGAUGGGUUCUGGGCCGGGCCUGGUAUCCGCAGGCCAACCAAGGAAUUCACUUGUAGGAAUAGUUGUGUUAACUUUGACUCCGGUAGAUUAGUGAGAAAGGAGUCUGGCGGUGAUAGUAAAUUUAAUGGCAUUCAUGUGAGAAGAUGA